UAUUUUAACUAGUGUUGUUUUGUGCUGAUAAGUGUACUGUAACAGGGCGAGGCUUUAUUAGAAAAAAUGUCUAAAAAGAAGGGGUCAUCACUUGCUUGGAAAAUCACAAAGGUUUUCUUAUUAGUAUUUUUGAUGGCAGGAUUGGUUGUGGCUUAUGAUAUUUCAACAUAUAAGUCCUUUGAAACUAGUAUACAUGGUCAAGUUUUAACGAAAACAGGUCUGUUACCAAUAGCAGAAAAAGCUGGUGAUCGAUUUUUAGUUUACUCAGCAAGAGGCUACAAAUGGGCUGAACGUAAUCUUCCUGAAUAUUAUAAUCAGACAGCUGUUAUUGCUCAACCUUAUUUAAAACUAGCAAGUGAUGCACUUAUUAGUGGGCGUAAUGUUGUGGUUGAUCUCUAUGGAAAUGUUAAUGAUUACGUACGAGAGAAAACUCCCGUUGUAGUAAAUGCUAUAAACGAGUAUGCACCUGGUCUUCUGGACACAAUUCAGAAACACUCCGUUAAUACAUGGUCAACAGUUAGUGGUUUCUGUGUGCAAUACAUUGAUGUAGGCCGUGAUUAUUUGAAGACUAAAGUAUUUGUUGGACAAUUAUCUCCUGAAAACUUGCACAAAGUUACAUUGGAAGCAUUUAAUACAACACAACAAUACGCAUCACAGUAUUAUAGCUGGCUAUAUGAAAAAGUUGAUGCAUACUCAAAACUGAAAUAA